AGCUCUUAUUUAUGGUGUUUGCAUAGUUCAAAUUGCUCUACAUGACUAUGUGGCGGAGAAGGCGAAGAGUUUCCGUGGCUGGUAGCUCAUACCCCUGUCACUCCCUUUGUAUAAAAACACCCCAAGGCUUCGCCAACUCCAAAGGUUCACCCACAAACUUUUUCCAAAUACUCACGCUCCUUCAGUUCACCUACCAACGCUCCUUAAACAGUUCAUUCAGUCGUCAAGACAUCGCAACCACAUCACCAAAUCAAUCUAGCUUCUGCAUAGCAAAGCAAGCUUGCCAGCUCUCAGUCGACACACUCGUAAUUUCACCAAGUGCAAUCAGCCAAGGCUUUUCUUUCCUUCAAUUCUCCGAAGCUCCCUAUAAUACCUUCACCUGGUGCACCAAAAUGCUGUACUUCGGCUCCCCACUUGAGGCUGAGAUAUUCAUCACCGAGAAGCUCAAGUACCUUGACUUGGCUUCUGGCCUUGAAUCGAAUGUCACCAUCGGCCCCGAGCUCAAGUCCAACAACCUUCCUCUCGCAGUUGGCCGCCUCGAUCUUUCUCUGCCCACCAAUACAAUCCUGGUUCCUCAAGGCCAGACCAUGACCUUCAACAAGACAAUCCUCAAGCUCAAGGGCUUCUGUGGCAAGUUUGUUCUUUUCCCAAAUCUUCCCAAUGAGAUCAAGAGUGAGAUUUUCGAUCUUUGCUCGCUCCCGCCAAGACAGAUCACCUUCAUCGAGAUGGAGGCCAAUGGUGUCCACUACAUGCAGAGCAUCGGAGCUUCUCGCCCAGCAAUCUUCGCUGCUAGUAAGCCUGCUCUUCUCGACGCCCUUGCUCGCAAGAGAUACGUUCCACUUGCCACUAUCGACAACAAGCGCAAGCCAUACUUGGGAGUUGGGCGUGAUGUAGUUCAACUUGGAUCAAUGACCACCACCAGUCCCCCAAUUCUCGAGCUUGCGGAUGUCUUGAUCAACAAGUUUGACGUCUCCUAUAUCCAGACCAUUCACGUGAGCUUGAACGACCUUGUCAUGCUCUACAUCUGGUGCGCAACCAACCUCGUAUUCCUUCCCAACGUCAAGGUCUUGCACCUCACCGCAACCUUCUCCGAUCCUGGUCGUGCUCAGCGUGGUCUUUAUACCUUGUGGUUCAGAGAGAUCUGGGGUAGCCGCAAUGCCUUCAUGCCAAUGUGCAAUACCCCUGCCGGAGAUGAAGUUCAAUGUCAAGCCGCUCGUGACUGCUUCGACACCUACAUCUGCAGCCCCUUUGAGCAAGGCCGUAUCGAUGAGAUCAACUACCAACUCAAUUGUUGCCUCAACCGGGUUCCUAACUUUCCCUUGGAAGUUGCAGUCAUCGUUGAGUAUCUCCCAUUGCCAGGGUUUCCUUUGGCUACGAGUCAACCUCGUAUCCAACAGGUAUAACCAGCUUUGGCUUCGCGUUGCUUCUCGCUCGUUCCACAUUGGCUUUCCCCCUUGGAUCAGCCAUUUGGAUCACCUCAGACGAUAAAUAUGUUGGACAUUUCACCAGGAAAUCGACAACUUUGCUUCGACGACGAGAUGCCCUAUAUUCUGUGUCUUCCUUUCUCUUUCUCAUCAAACAAUUGCUCAACGGGAUGAGCUACGGUCGUAACGUGGGG